GAUGCUGUGAGCGGCGGUGGGGAGGGCGCGUGAUGGAGCCGUGGGGCCGGGCCGGGCUGUCCGUGUGCCUGCUGCUGUCGUGCCUGCUGGCCCUGCCGCCCCCCGCCGCCCCCUCGCCCUGCCUGGAGCCCUGCCGCUGCUUCCUCAGCACCCUCCUCUGCCAGGAGCCCAACUCCGUCCGGAGCCUGGCACAGCUCCGCAGCCUCGAGAACUUCACCGAAAUCGUCAUCGAAAACCAAACGACUUUGAUCAACCUGACACUGGAGGACAUGAAGAACCCCCGAGAGCUGAAGAACCUGACCAUCUCCAAGACUCGCCUGCAGUUCAUUGCUCCGGAUGCUUUCCGAGCCAGCCCCAACCUGACUCAUGUCAACCUUGGCUACAACCGGCUGCGGUUCCUCUCCUGGAGGGUCUUCCAUCACCUCCGCCUCCAAGAACUGGUCCUGACGGGGAAUCCGCUCCAAUGCGCCUGUGGCCUCCGGUGGCUGCAACUGUGGCUUGUGGGCAAACAAGCCGAAUCAAUGGGCAACCAGUCCUUAUCCUGCGAGGGGGAUGAUGGGAUGGAGAUACCAGUGGUUGACAUGAAUAUCCGGGGCUGUGAGGUGCCCCAGGUUUGGCUUGAGUACAACAGUGCCCCGAUGAGGGAGGGCAUGAAUGCCACGCUGAGGUGCCACAUCGAAGGGCAGCCGGCCCCAGAAGUCAAGUGGAGCAUGCCAGACUUUGGGGCGCACUCUCCCCUCAUCACCUAUGAAUCAGCAUCAGAAACGACACUGCAAGUCUUUGGCGUUUCUGCAGAUUUUAAUCUCCAAAACAUCACCUGUCAAGCGGAGAAUGAGGCCGGUCUGAGCGAAGGGGUGGCCCAGCUCAACGUGACAUUCCCCGCCGUGAUCCGCGACCUGGGCAUGGCCGUGGAGUACCACAAGUGGUGUGUGCCCUUCUCGGUGGACGGCAACCCCAGCCCCAGCAUCCGCUGGCAGUUUGGGGGCACUGACCUGGAGGAGACCACCUACAUCCACACCCACUUCUUCCCGGAGGGGCUGCGGAAUUCCACCCUCCUCCACGGCUGCCUCUACCUGGACAGGCCCACCCACCUCUCCAAUGGCAACUACACCCUCUUGGUGCGCAACCCCCUGGGCAGCGAUUCCUGCACCGUCUUCCAGGAAUUCAUGGAUGUGCCCGAUGCAAACUUCAACCUUGUGGAUCCAGUGGAGAUUCCAACGAUGAGCAGCGGCGACGAUAGGAACAGCACAGAACGAAGCCCGGUGGAGACUCUGCAGGAGCCGCCAAUCGGGAUAUCGGUGGCGGUGGUCCUGGCGGUCUGCGCCUGCCUCUUCCUCUCCGUCAUGCUCAUCAUCCUCAACAAGUGCGGCCAGAGCUCCAAGUUCGGAAUCAGCCGGUCGGUGGCCUUGGCGCAAGAGGAGGAAAUGUCGCUGCAGUUCAUGAACAUCGGCAGUGGAGGCAGCAGCAGCCCCCUCCCAUCUGCCGAGAGCAAGCUGGAGACCCUGAAGACCAACUUCAUUGAGAACCCUCAGUAUUUCUGCAACACCAGUGUCCAUCACAUCAAGCGCCGGGACAUCAUCCUGAAGUGGGAGCUGGGCGAGGGGGCUUUCGGCAAAGUCUUCCUGGCCGAGUGCUACAACCUCAGCCCCACUGAAGAGAAGAUGCUGGUGGCCGUCAAGACCUUGAAAGAAGCAACAGAAAGCGCCCGGUUGGACUUCCAGCGCGAGGCGGAGCUGCUGACGGUGCUGCAACACGAGCACAUUGUCCGUUUCUACGGUGUCUGCACCGACGGGGAGCCCUUGGUCAUGCUCUUCGAGUACAUGAAACAUGGAGACCUCAACCGCUUCCUCCGGUCCCACGGUCCAGACGCAAAGAUCCUGGACAACGGGGUCAACAGCCAGUCCUUUGGGCAGCUGACCCUCAGCCAGAUGCUGCAGAUCGCCACCCAGAUUGCCUCUGGGAUGGUCUACCUCGCCUCCCUGCAUUUCGUCCACCGGGACUUGGCCACCCGGAACUGCCUGGUGGGACACAACAUGGUGGUGAAGAUUGGAGACUUUGGCAUGUCCCGGGACAUCUACAGCACUGACUAUUACCGGGUCGGAGGCCGGACCAUGUUGCCCAUCCGAUGGAUGCCUCCGGAGAGCAUCCUGUACCGGAAGUUCACCACAGAGAGCGACAUCUGGAGCUUCGGGGUUGUUCUUUGGGAAAUCUUCACCUAUGGGAAGCAGCCGUGGUACCAGCUCUCCAACACGGAGGCGAUCGAGUGCAUCACCCAGGGCCGGGAGCUGGAGAGACCCCGGACGUGCCCCUCCGAGGUCUACGACAUCAUGCAGAGCUGCUGGCAAAGGGAACCCCAACAACGGCAGAACAUGCGGGCCAUCCACCACCGGCUGCAGGCCCUUGCCAAAGCCCCCCCGGUCUAUUUAGCUGUCCUCAGCUAAGAUGCAAACUGGAGGCGGCGUAUAAGAUGCUCCGUCCAUCCAGGACCCCCCUCCCGCUACAGCUGGAGUUUCACCAAAGAUUCCCACCCCCAUUCCCCACAAAUGACAGCCAGAAAUGAUGGAAGUGAAUGGCCACAUGAGCCACUUCGCUCGUCUAUGUAUCUGCAAAGAAACAAGCAGACGGGGCUCUUGUUUCCAGAAGAUGCAGGAGUUUGGAGAGCAGGCAGAAAGAGUUCUUGUAUGCCAUGUGUGUUGCCUUGUUGUAAUGGCGAAAGGCAACGGAGGGCGGCUGGGAAAGCAUUAUUUAUUGUGAUACGCUUUAGGUCUUUAUUCUAAUUAAUCGCUUCUGCCAGAGAGGGAGGGAGGGUGGGUGGGCAUCCGGAAACGCCUUCGUCAAACUAGACGGUCUUUCUCAUCGUGAGAGUCUGUGAAGGAUGUUUGCGAGGGCAAAGCUGUGACCCAAACACAACCAAAGUCCUCCUUGUGGGUUUUCUUGAUAUUAAACUCUAAUUAAUCCGGCGCUCCUUCUUCCCAUGCCGUUGAAAGCCGUCGCUGGCCUCGUCUCCUCCAAAGCCACAGGUCUCUUUACUUCUGCCGCAGCUCUUUUGCCUUGGAAAGCCAAACUAUAGGACUGGUCCUUGUAACAAAAAACAUCCAAACAGGAGGCUAGAGCCAAACCCAGCUGGCACAAGAAGGUGGCUCGUCCUCCUGAGGCCCAGUGGUCAAAUCAAUCAAUCAAUCUUUAUUACGGUCCAAAAGCCCAAUAUGCUCAGCAGAAAAAGUGCACAGCAGAUUCAUAAACGGAUUAGACCUCUAGCGAGGUGCAUAUGAACAAGGGUAAAAACACUACAAAUACAGUAGAGUCUCACUUAUCCAACAUAAACAAGCCGGUAGAACAUUGGAUAAGCGAAUAUGUUGGAUAAUAAGGAGAGAUUAAGGAGAAGCCUAUUAAACAUCAAAUUAGGUUAUGAUUUUACAAAUUAAGCACCAAAACAUCAUGUUAUACAACAAUUUGACAGAAAAAGUAGUUCAGUAUGCAGUAAUGCUACGUAGUAAUUACUGUAUUUACGAAUUUCGCACCAAAAUAUCACGAUAUAUUGAAAACAUUGACUACAAAAAUGCCUUGGAUAAUCCAGAACGUUGGAUAAGCGAGUGUUGGAUAAGUGAGACUCUACUGUAUAUACAAGGCAAGAUUCAACCUGAGUCUAAUCUUGGCUUCCUCAGAGAGAAAUUUGGCAACAGCCAAGGUCACCUAAUAAAAACUUUACUUGGAAUUGGGCAGA